UGGAUGCAAAAGAAGCCAAUUUAGUGGGAAUGCAAAAUCUUAGUAAGUUGCAUCUAAAUUGGGCAAAAGAUUUGGCUGAAUGUGAAUCACCGGAAAAUGUUGAAUCUGAAGCACAGGAAAAUGUUAAAUCUGAGCUAGUACUUGAAGCCCUUCAACCUCAUCCAAACCUAAAGGAGUUGAUCGUAAGCAGGUACAAAGGUACUCAAUUCCCGCUCUGGAUGAGGGGUUCAGAUCUUCAAAAUGUAGUUAAGAUCCAGCUCUUCGGGUGCAACAACUGCUUGCAACUUCCACCGCUUGGACAACUACCUUUGCUACAAAGCCUUCAAAUUGAUGCAAUGGAAGAAGUAGUGGAGUGUAUUGAAAACGAAUAUCCUGGCGGUGGAGGAUUCCCAUCUUUGGAAGAACUCACAGUUAGCAAUUGUCCGAAAUUGGAAGGUUUGUCAAGGAAGGAGGGAAGAGAGUUGUUCCCUCGUCUUCGUAAGAUAUUUAUUGGUGCUUGUCCUAAAUUGAGCUUCCCGCAUCUUUCGGCUCCCAAAGAAUUGUUGUUGCUUGGCAAGUGCACCAUGGGACUAAAUUCAAUAUCAAAUCUUAAUAGUCUCACUUCCCUCACUAUUAGUCAUGAUUGCGAGAUGGUUUAUUUUCCAAAAGAGUUUCUGAGGAACCUUACUCUUCUUGAGUCACUACUGAUUAACUAUUGUCCUGAGCUUAAAGUGUUGCCUGGAGACCUUGCAAGCCGUGUCACAUUGAAGUCAUUGAAGAUCAAAUACUGUCCAAAGCUCGAGUCUUUGCCAGAGGAAGGGCUACGAGGCCUUGAAUCUCUCCAAUCGUUGCACAUUAUCGACUGCUGUGAACUGGAAAGGCGAUGUGAGAAGGGAAAGGGGGAGGAUUGGUAUAAGAUUGCGCACAUACCCGAAAUCACUAUUGAGGUGCUGCCAUGCUCUUUGGGUCACGAUGGCUGCUGCUAGUAUUGAAGUGGCUGUGGCAUCAGAUGCUUUGUUGGUGGGAAGGUUUUGGGUUGUUCAUGGGUAUGAGAUUAUCUAAUAGGAGGUGGAUCAAGUCAAUUGUUCUGUUAUCCAACUCUGCUAUGUUAGUUUCUUUUCUGUAAAAUAAAAGAUUAAAUGUAGACCAUAUUUGUCAGUGUGUCAUAAUGUUCGUCGCGGUGGAUAUUGGGGGCUCUAGCAUGCCAUAUGACCGGUUUUUGUGCCUUUUAUUGUUUGAGAUGAUUUAAAAUUCAAUUUCUACGCAUAAUUAUUUGUGAGAAUGUUAAUUUUGAAGUC